AUGAAGGAACACAGCCUGCCCGAUAUCAUCUACCAGGAUGCGUUCUACGGUGAAGAAAAGGACGUGCCAGAGCGGAACCGCGAAUAUGCUGGGCGGGAAUAUCGACUCGAUAGCAACACGGUGCCGUUUCUCCCACCCUUUGAAGUAACUGGGUCGUCUCCAGCAGUUGCUGGCUUCAAACAAGACCCCGUCCUGAGAAGAGCCGGCCUUGAACAAGAACAAGACCGGCAGCGACGCGAGUGCAGCUGGAGGAGCUGGGAAUUUGCUCAGCCACCGCCCAGUCGUCGGAGUGUGGUGGAUUGGCAUGACGAGAAGAGGGACGCCCUUGAAAAGAAGGUCGAGGAGCGUCGUGGGACUGUGGCACGCCCGGCGGCGUGGUUGUCGCAAAUCUGCGGCCCAACGCCCAAGAACAAGCACGGAUUCAAGUACACACAGAAGCGGAAGUCGACAAGCGUCGAGCAUGAAGUUCAGUACAUGAGCACCAUGAGCCUCGAGGUUCAUGUCAACACCCGGGGAAAGUUCGUUCCCAACCCCGAGGAAGACGAGAUCCAGUGCAUAUUCUGGGCAUGCAAGUCGGACGAGAAGAUGCUGAACACCCAGGAAUCGGCAAAUGCCCUCCAUUAUGGAAUGAUUGCGCUCUCUGGCGAUGAUUCGGCCAUGCGGAAGAUGCCACCGUGCACCAGGGCCGAGGUUGUCGAAGAAGGCUCUGAGCUUGAUGUCAUGAUUCGCGUGGUCGAGGUGGUGAGGACGUUUGAUCCAGAUGUUUUGACGGGCUUCGAGGUUCACAGUGGCUCGUGGGGCUACUUGAUUGAGAGGGCAAGAUGCAAAUACGAUUACAACCUGUGUGACGAGCUUUCCCGCAUGAAGUCCGACUCUCACGGCCGGUUUGGAAAGAACACUGACCGCUGGGGCUUCAACACGACAUCCACCAUUCGCAUUACGGGCAGACACAUGGUCAACAUAUGGAGAGCGAUGCAGAAUGAGCUGAAUCUUCUUCAGUAUACCAUGGAAAACGUCGCGUGGCAUCUUCUCCAUACCAGGGUCCCUCACUACUCGUGGAAGACGCUCACACAAUGGUACAAGAGCGGGAAGGCCAGGGACUUGAGCAAGCUCCUGCGAUAUUACCGAACGCGGACCCGAUUGGACAUUCGGAUUCUGGAAGCCAAUGAGCUGAUCCCAAGGACCAGCGAGCAGGCAAGGCUGCUCGGCGUCGACUUCUUCUCCGUCUUCUCCCGUGGCUCGCAGUUCAAAGUCGAGUCCAUCAUGUUCAGGAUUGCGAAGCCUGAAAACUUCCUCCUCGUGUCGCCCAGCAAGAAGCAGGUCGGCGGGCAGAACGCGCUCGAGUGCCUGCCGCUCGUCAUGGAGCCACAGAGCGCGUUUUACAACAGCCCUCUUCUCGUGCUGGAUUUCCAGAGCCUGUAUCCGAGCGUCAUGAUUGCGUACAACUACUGCUACUCUACGUUCUUGGGCCGAAUCAAGGACUGGCGCGGCACCAACAAGAUGGGCUUUUCCGAGUACAGCCGCCAACAAGGGUUGCUACUCCUCUUGCAGGAGUACAUCAACAUUGCGCCCAACGGCAUGAUGUAUGUCAAGGCGGAGAUUCGCAAGUCGCUGCUGGCCAAGAUGUUGACGGAGAUUUUGGAGACAAGAGUCAUGGUCAAGAGCGGCAUGAAAAAGGACAAGCACGACAAGACCCUGCAACAGCUGUUGAACAACCGCCAGCUCGCCCUGAAACUCUUGGCCAACGUCACGUACGGCUACACGUCGGCGUCCUUUUCCGGCCGGAUGCCCUGCUCCGAGAUUGCGGACAGCAUUGUGCAGACGGGGCGCGAAACGCUGGAGCGGGCCAUUGCGUACAUUCACUCGGUGGAACGCUGGGGCGCCGAGGUUGUCUACGGCGACACGGACAGCCUCUUUGUGUACUUGAAGGGCCGGACGCGAGACCAGGCGUUUGAGAUUGGCGAGGAAAUGGCCAAGGCGGUUACCGAGAUGAACCCGCGGCCGGUCAAGCUCAAGUUUGAAAAGGUCUACCAUCCCUGCGUCCUGCUGGCCAAGAAGCGCUACGUCGGGUACAAGUACGAGAGCAGGGAGCAGGAGAAGCCCGACUUUGACGCCAAGGGCAUCGAGACGGUGCGCCGGGACGGCACGCCGGCGGAGCAGAAGAUUGAGGAAAAGGCGCUGCGGCUGCUGUUCGAGACGGCGGACCUGAGCCAGGUCAAGGCCUACUUCCAGUCGCAGUGCGACAAGAUGAUGCGCGGGGCCGUGUCGGUGCAGGACUUUUGCUUCGCGCGCGAGGUGCGGCUGGGCACCUACUCGGACAAGGGCCCGCCGCCGGCCGGGGCGCUCAUCAGCACGCGGAAGAUGCUCGAGGACGCGCGGGCCGAGCCGCAGUACGGCGAGCGGGUGCCUUACGUGGUCAUCACGGGGGCGCCGGGCGCGCGGCUGAUUGACCGGUGCGUCGCGCCCGAGGAGCUGCUGGCCAACCCGCACUGGCAGCUCGACGCCGAGUACUACAUCUCGAAGAACCUCAUCCCCCCGCUCGAGCGCAUCUUCAACCUGGUCGGCGCCAACGUGCGGCAGUGGUACGACGAGAUGCCAAAGGUGCAGCGCAUCCACCACGCGGCCGCGGGCGGUGUCGGCGGCGGCGGCAGCGGCGGCGGCGUGGGCAACAAUGGCCGCGCGGGCAAGAGGCCGACGCUCGAGUCGUACAUGCGCUCGACGCACUGCCUCGUCUGCAAUGCAAAGUUUGUCGCCGACGACAACGGCAGCGACGCCCAGGCCCUCCUCUCCCCGCUAUGCCUCGCCUGCCGCGCCGACGCCCCCGCCUCGCUGCUCGCCCUGCAGACGCGCCUCGCCGCCGAGCAGCGCCGCCUGCGCGACCUCGUCGCCGUCUGCCGCACCUGCGCCGGGCUCGGGCCCCUCGACCCCGGCGACGACGGCGGCGCUUUCCCCUGCGACUCCAAGGACUGCCCCGUCUUCUGGUCGCGCAUGAGGCAGCGCACCAAGCUCGCCGGCGCCGUCGCCUCGGCGGCGCCUGCUAUUCGCGGGCUCGUCGAUGCCGCGGACAGGGCGGCUGCGUUGGACUGGUGA